GCCGCACAUUAUGAGUAGAGCAGAAAAUAAAAAUAAUGAUCAGAUCAAUGCAUUCGCUUCUGCCAAAGAUGAAUUUCUCACGGAAAUAGAUAUCAACAUUGUCUCUAUGAAAGAAGAGGAAAGCCCAAGUACAAGACGUCCUGAAGUUACCUUUAUGGACUGUUUCGAAUUCCUUAAUCAACAGAAAAAUAAUGGGAGAGAACAUUUUGUCAAUGAGAAUGGCUCAGGCCUGGAAAUACCUGACCGUUUAUUUGUUUCGGAUGUUGUCAGUCCGAAGCUUUUGGGCUAUUUGACCGUGCAAGAUCUUUUCUCUUCUCCAGUAGACAUUAAAAUUAUCUCGUUGUUGAGAAACUGUGAUGUAGUAUUCCGAACUAGUACAAGUUUGGAGACUGCCUUGAAAACAUAUAUCCGUGUUGCAGAUGGUGAAGGUACAUUCAUUGGUGUUGCUGGUCUUCUGGACGUAAAUCGAAGAGCAGAAGCGUGCUUUGAAAGUCACAUUGCCCGAAAUAAUUGUCUAAAAACGAUUAACGGCGUCCAAUACAUUUUUGAAGAAUUGAUCGAAAAGCGUCUGGCAAUAACUCUCUUUCCUACCAUGCUUUUAGGAACUGGAGGAGAUGCUGGCUCACAAUCCUCUGCAAUCCGAGGUUUGGCGACUGUGAAAUACAAUAUUGGAGCGCACUCAGCUUUGUUGCAUUCUCGUGUCAUAUUUACUGUACAUAGUUCAAAAGAUGCAUUAAAAGUUUCCGUUGCUCUUUUCGUUGUAUGGGCAGUAGCUGCUCGUGCCCAGGUUCCGUUGUUGUUAGAAUACUGUGGUGCGGACCCUGCACAAUGUGCAAGCCCUGUUCUGGCUACUGCAACUGAUAUUGUUGGAGUUUUUGUUAUUUGAACUGUGGAAAUGGUCAUCUUUGAAAAUUAAUUCACGUUCACAUCAAGGCCCAUAGUAGAGUUUCAGUGAUCGC